AUGAGUGCAAUGACAAUUUUGGAUUGCAAAUAUUGCUCCAGUUUACAAAAACAUAAAGCAAGAGGUGUUUAUAUGGAGUAUGAAACUAUAAAGAUGGCGUGUAAAGAAUUAAAAUUUAAUAUUUGUGCUGAUCAUUCAACACCUAAACAAUAA